AUGGACGACGAGCUGGCGGCCAACUUUAUGGCCGUGACAGGGGCCGACGAGAACAUUGCUCGCCAGCUGCUGGACAUGGCCAACGGCGAUCUACCCCAGGCCGUGCUGCUCUACUACGAGACGGACGAAGAAGAGGACGAGGCGAUGGCGAAACGGCUGCAGGAAGAGAUGUACGCGGAGACGGCGACGACGUCAGACGGGAUCCGGGCGCCGAUUGCGCGGACGACGGAAGUGCUGGUGGAGCCGUCGUACGGCGGGAUCGGUGGCGGUGUCGGUGAUGGCUUUGGCGGCGGAGCCGAUGCGAUUUACGAGCAGCUUCGACGACGACAGCAGCGACAGCCAGCACCGGCCAAUCCGUUCAGCCAGGCGCGACUGGCCGACCUCUUCCGGCCGCCAUACGAUCUGAUGGAGCGGUGCUCGUGGGAGGAGGCACGGGCGAUGGGCAAGGCCGAGAAGCGGUGGAUCCUGGCGAACCUGCAGGACAUGUCGGACUUUCUCUGCCAGGCACUGAACCGCGACAUCUGGAAAGACCGGGCGAUCCGCGAGCUUGUGCGCGAGAAUUUUGUCUUUCUGCAGUUUAGCCGGGAAGACCCAGAGGCGCAGUCGUACGUGCAGUACUAUCUGCCGGGUGGCCAGGACGAAAACCCGGACAACUACCCGCACGUAGCGAUCGUGGACCCACGCACGGGCGAGCAGGUCAAGGUCUGGUCCGAGCGGCCGUUUCCAAGUGCAGCCUCGUUCCACGCCCAGCUGGCCGAGUUUCUCGACCGUUACAGCCUUGACUCGACGCGCAAGAACCCGGUGCAGACGGGCAAGGCGCGGCAGCCGGCGCGGGACGUUGAACGCAUGACUGAGGAGGAGAUGCUGGAGAUGGCGCUGCAGAACAGCCUGGAGACGAGCGGAAGUGGGAGUGCAGGUGGAGGUGGGGGUGGAGUUGGAGUUGGCAGUGGGACGGAAUCACGGCCGAGCCUACAAGACCCAGACGAGCUGACCAAGGGAGAGACGGAGACAGAAGAGACGGAAGAGACGGAAGAGGUUUCGGAAUCCUCGGCUGCUUUUGCACGAAUCGCGUCCGACCGUCCACACGAGGAGCCGGCCAACGGUCCGUCGACGACACGGAUCCAGUUCCGCCACCCAACCGGACGGGUGAUCCGGCGAUUCGCCGCCGACGAUCGCGUGCUACGCAUCUACGAAUGGCUCAAGGCCGAGCCGCUCGAGGGCAAAGACGGGCUCGAGUUUGAGCUCAAGGUGGUGCCGCAAGGCCACGACUUGCUGGAGGACCUGGACAAGACAAUUGAGGAGGCCGGCCUGAAGCAGGCGACGGUGAUGAUUGAGUUUAUCGAGUAG